AUGGCGCCAGCUGGAGGAACGUCGGCGUCGGCUUUGAAGCACAUGUUCGACACAGGAGAAUGGUCCGACCUGGAGAUCAUCACCGCGAGCAAGACUUUCAAAGUCCACAAGAGUGUCGUCUGUCAAUCUCCCUUUUUCCGCGCAGCCUGCACCGGCAGAGGAGUUCGAGAAGCCGCGUCCGGCAAGAUCGAUCUGGAGGAGAGUGAAGACGUGGUAAACGCCAUACUCUGCCACCUGUACGAGCUGCCGAUCGUAUGGCUGAAGCAGCGAUACGACUACAAGACGGCCGAGAUGAUCUUUCCACGUGGCCGAGACGCCAUCGAUCUCAUCGUCGCCGCGGACAACUACGACAUCUCAGGUCUAGCCAAGGAAGCCUACGACAAGUUCAUCUCCUGCAUCUUCUGCACCGAUAUCGCGCCGAAGCACCACAUCGCGCUAGGAGAACUGUUCCUCGCUGAAGUCGACGCCGAGCCUUUCCGGACUGACGGCAGGCUCGCUAUCGCCAAGUCAACGAACGAGAUCAUGAAAUUGAUCAUCAAGGAUCGCUCGCUGUGGAACAAGCUCUAUGCUAACGAGGCAUAUGUCAAACUGUUGCUGGGAUACACGCCGGGCGCAGAGCAGGCUCGAGCAGCGAAGCGGCCGCGGGUCACUGAGGAUAGCGACUGA